AUGGAAGGAGAGAAUUUAGCAAAGGAGAGGACUCGUCACCCUGUCAUCAAUGGAAUCAUAGAUCUCACAGCAGGAGCCGUCGGGGGUGCGGCCUGUGUGAUCACCGGCCAACCAUGUGACACAGUAAAGGUGAAGUUGCAGACAUUUCCUGCUCUGUACAGGGGAGUGGCCGACUGCUUCUGUCGAACGUGGAAGCAGACAGGAGUACGAGGUUUAUAUCAAGGUACAGGGGCCGCCUUGCUCGCCAAUGCAGGGGAAAAUGCCAUCCUGUUUGCCUGCUAUGGAACUUGUCAGAAGAUUGUCAGCCACACACUGGGGUUGGACUCACAGCAGCAGCUGAGCCCUCUCCACAGCGCCUUGGCCGGCUCGCUGGCCGCGGUGGUCUCCUCAGUGGUGCUCUGCCCCACAGAGCUGGUCAAGUGUCGACUGCAGGCCCACACAGAGAUGAUGACACUGGGCAGGACGCCUCUGAAUGCUGGGAGUUCCUCCUGGUCAGUGGUGCGCUCCGUGCUGCGGUCUGAGGGUCCGCUGGGUCUGCUACAGGGUCUCACCUCAACGUGGCUCAGAGAGGUUCCCGGGUAUUUCUUUUUCUUUGGUGGAUAUGAGGUCUCUCGCUCGUUUCUUAUGCCACCAGGAGGAGACCAUCUUGAUGCCAUGUCCCUAUUGGUUAGUGGUGGAGUGGGCGGGGCUGCCUUCUGGUUGGCUGUCUACCCUAUUGACUCUGUGAAGACACGGAUUCAGGUCCAGACAAUGUCGGGCCCGCAGCCCGGCUUCACGGCUAUGUUCCUGCAAAUAGUGCGUAGCGAAGGCGUGGGGGCGUUGUACCGCGGCUUGACCCCCACAGUAUUCCGGGCCUUCCCCGCCAACGGAGCUCUGUUCCUGGCCUACGAGUGGACCAAAAGGGCCCUGGGGGAGGCAGCCUCCACCACCCGCAACAGCACAGAGUAA